AUGGCCCAAGCCUCGCUCCGUCACCGCCGCGUCGCACCGAGCAAGAACGCAGUGCCAGGAGCCGCGCAGGCUCCGUCUGGGAGUGGGCGUCUGCGCACGCUGCUCCUUGUGCUUGUCGUGACGACGCUCAUCGUCGGCACACACCAGGUGUGGCGCCUGUACCAACAGGCGACGCCGCUCCCUGCCGCGCUCUCGCGCAGCGCCACCGAGGCCAAAUCGGCCGUCGAUGCGUACCUCGCUCGCGACACCGUCAAGGAUACGCCGGGUACUGAGAGCGGCACGCUCCCGGUCCAGUUCGAGGAGGACGGCGAGCUGGACAUGGCGACAAUGCAGCGCAUGCUCGAUAUUCUCUACCAGCGCCCUGCCGAGCGCGAGGGCUACGAAAAGCUCGAGACGGACAACAAGCACGAAUACCGUUUCCGGAAGGAAAAGGCCAAUGAGCAACAAGAUAUCCCGCUGCUAUAG